CAAUUCUCAUUCAAUCUUUAGCGGUGUUUGUGUUCGGACAAAAAUGUACUAAACUCUAACAAAUAUAGAGUUAUUAUAAAAUAACGUACAUAAUAUAUAAAUAUGUGUUUGUUUGUUUGACAGUUCAUCAGUGUAUGUGUGUCACUGUGUGUAGUGUUUGUUAUUGUUUGUGUUAUCAGUCAGUGAUAGUGAACGUGUUUUGAAACGGUUAAUAAAAGACAUUCCAUCUCCGCUGAAGACUAGAAAUAAGAAGUAACAAUGAUCGCCACACUCCUACUAGUGGGUUUCAUUGGACUGGUGAUCUACAGACUCCUGGCUGAGGAGGAGAAUCCUCUGGACAAGUUGCCGGGACCACCACGGAAGCCGAUCAUAGGAUGUGUCUUGGAAUUCGUCAACAUGACUCCACGUGUGAUGUUCACGAAAAUGCGUCACUACAGCAAGACGUAUGGAGACCGCUACCUUGUCAAAAUAAUACGAAGAAGGAUUCUGCAUCUUCACCAAGUAAAUGAUGUUGAGAUCGUGUUGUCACACCCGAGGAAUAUAAAGAAGAGUAAGCCAUACAGCUUCUUGGAAGGUUGGCUCGGCACUGGACUGUUACUCAGUUCUGGAGCAAAAUGGCAUAGACGUCGCAAGAUCCUGACUCCAACGUUCCACUUCAACAUCCUGAAGAACUUCACCAACGUGAUGGAGGAGAGGAGUCGAGGACUGGUGGACAAGCUGAAGGAGUAUGACGGCAAGGAAGUCAACCUCAUGCCCGUCAUCAGUGACUGCACCUUGUAUACUAUUUGUGAAACGGCAAUGGGUACCCAGUUAGACUCGGAUUCUUCUACAAAGACCCAAGAGUAUAAAACAGCUAUCCUGCAAAUAGGAGGUUUACUAAUGGGUCGUCUCACAAGAGUAUGGCUACACAAUGAAUAUAUCUUCCGAAAGUUCCCAAUAGGUAAACAGUUUGAGAAAUGUCUAGAAAAAGUCCAUUCUUUUGCUGAUAACGUGAUUAUGGAGAGGAAGAAGAAUUGGACACCUGGACAGAGUGAUGUGGCAGAAGAUGAAGUGGGGGGGAAGAAGAGACUGGCUAUGCUCGAUGUAUUAUUGGAAGCUGAGAGGAAGGGAGAAAUUGAUCUAGAGGGAAUAAGAGAAGAAGUUAAUACGUUUAUGUUUGAGGGACACGAUACAACAGCAAUGGCGCUCGUUUUUGGACUAAUGUUGCUAGCAGACCAUCCAGAAGUACAGGAACGUAUUUACGAAGAGUGUCAGACGAUCCUGGGUGAUUCAGACACUACUCCAACGAUGUCUGAUCUGGCUGAAAUGAAGUACCUUGAAGCUGUCAUCAAGGAGACCUUAAGACUGUACCCGAGCGUACCGUUCAUUGCCCGUGAGGUGACCGAGGACUUUAUGUUGGGAGAUCUCCUAGUAAAGAAAGGCACGGAAGUAUCAAUCCACAUAUACGACCUGCAUCGUUUACCAGAAUUGUACCCAGACCCGGAAGCUUUUAAGCCGGAGCGGUUCCUAAGCCAACAGCCCACACAUCCGUACGCCUUCGUGCCUUUUAGCGCCGGCCCUAGGAAUUGUAUAGGUCAAAGAUUCGCGAUGUUGGAGAUGAAAUGUAUGCUGAGCGGAGUGUGUCGUAAGUUCAAGCUGUCCCCCAUAGUCCCGGGAGAAAGACCAGAACUCCUCGCUGAUAUGGUGUUGAGGCCAGCUGGACCUGUGCGUGUGAGGAUGCAUCAAAGAUAGGUUUUGAAGAGAUUUCGGAUAGCUGUGUAUGUUGUGAUACUUUUAAAAUCAUUAUUGUAUGUUUAGAUUUUAUUGUUGUGAUUGUGAUUAAAUAAAGUUAAAUUAAAGUAAUUGUCUUUGGUUGGAGAAUACUUGAGGAUGAUUAAAAUCAUGGAAGAAAAUUCUUAUUCAUACCUAUUUGUUAAUUAAAAAUUUAAUGUAAAGGUUAUCGAGAAGAUGUCGUGGUGAAAAUACGAGCUCAAAUAGUUGCUCAAUUUUAGUUACAUAAUGUAACUAAAAUAUAAUAGGUAUUGUGUAAUACUUACCUAAACCUUUUGUACGAAAUUGUGUGAAAAAGCAUUUAAUUUAGAUAUAUUUUGUUUUAUAUUUUAAGGUAUAUUACUUAUCGUGUUACUUUUAAAACUGUAAAAUAAAAUAGCUUUUUGUUUUGUUAAUAUUUUGUCAAAGUAAAUACAAUAAGGGUACCUUGCUUAGGUGCUGUUGUUGACGUGAAAAGUAAAUUACAUUUGUAUUCCAAUGAGAAAUGUUAGUUUAGUAAUAUAGGUACAGACACGUUUUGCCUUGUAUUCAAGUGUUGUAGCUCUAGGCAAAUAAGUGACAAUAAGGCUGGCUCAUAAAUAGUAAAAUAGCGUCUUAUAUUCAACGUAUGAAGGUCUAUAUUGUGUUGUUUUAUGUUUUAAAUAAAUGCUUUUGUAUAUAUAGGUAA